UUUGUGCAGCUGGUGCUUUUUUCAGGGAAGCUCAACACCAUCGCCAGUAUUGUGACCAUCUUCUUCCUGUUGGUGUAUGCGGCUGUGGACUUGGCCUGCCUUGCUCUGGAAUGGGCAUCUGCACCUAAUUUCAGGCCCACCUUUCGUUACUUCACCUGGCAUACGUGCGCAUUGGGCAUCGUAGGUUGCGCCGUCAUGAUGUUUCUGAUCAACGCCAUCUACGCCUCGGCCAGCAUCGCCUUCAUGUUGCUGCUGCUUCUGCUGAUUCACUACCUCAGUCCCACCUCCAGCUGGGGCUACAUCAGCCAGGCUCUCAUUUUCCACCAGGUGCGUAAGUACCUGCUGAUGCUGGACGUGAGGAAGGACCAUGUUAAGUUCUGGAGGCCUCAGGUCCUGCUGAUGGUUUCUAACCCUCGCAGCAGUGUGGGCCUCAUCAAAUUCGUCAACGACAUCAAGAAGAGCGGCCUCUACGUGUUGGGACACGUCCAGCUUGGAGAUCUCAACACUCUACCGUCCGACCCUCUGCAGUCCCAGUAUGACUCCUGGUUGUCUCUGGUGGACAAUCUCAACAUCAAAUCUUUUGUCAACUUGACAUUGGCCGAUUCUGUGCGUCAUGGGGUCCAACAUCUACUCUUCAUCUCUGGACUAGGUGGGAUGCGUCCUAACACCCUCGUCCUUGGUUUCUAUGACGACUGUCUUCCAAAGGACAAGCUGAUUGAUCCGUCGCUCUGUACCAGUCAGCCCAGAGAUCCCUCGGGCUCCUUGGAUGAGCUAGAGCAACAGCCCCCUCUCUUCCACUUUGCCUCGCUGCGGGGGUCCAGCGACAGACAGGAUUAUGGUGAAUUCGGGGACGGGAAGGUUCUAGGACCCCAGGAGUAUGUAGCGAUCAUCGCUGACGCCAUGAAGAUGCUAAAGAAUGUGGUGCUUGCCCGAUACUUCAACGAUUUUGACCGAGCCCAGGUCCUCUCGCCGCCCUCCUCCUCUCCAGGGAAGGGAGCUGUGUACGUUGACGUCUGGCCGGUCAACCUCCUGCGCCCGGACAGCAGUAGCUACGUCGAUACCUGCUCUCUGUUCCUGCUACAGCUAGCGUGUAUCCUCAACAUGGUGAGAGCCUGGCGCAAAGCCACGCUCCGUCUCUUCCUGUGCGUGGAGGAAGGACGGAGCGUGAGAGGCUCAGAGGAGAAGCUGGGCCAGCUGUUGAAAGAGCUGAGAAUUAAAGCUCAGGUCUACUCUGUGCCGUGGGACCAGCAGGUGGCGCUACACUGGCAGCGCCAGGGCGAGUGGGGCAAGAAACAGUCGUCGCAAUCCCUUGAUAGCGCUAAAGAAGAGGAGAAGCAGAGACCAGAUGAAGAAGAGGAGAACGAUGAAGAUUACGUUAAUAGCUUCCCGAGCAACGCCACGCGCCUGUCUAAUGACUACCUGUCAGCUGUCAAUAAGCUGAUCCUGGACCCGGCCCGGCCCGCCCCUGCUGUGCGUUUCUUGUACUUACCCCGUCCCCCAGCUGACACCCGCCGCUACACCACCUACUUGCACCAGCUGGACCUGCUGACUCAGGACCUGGGCCCCACGCUGCUCAUCCACGGUGUCACACCUGUCAUCACCACUGACCUUUGAACAAUCCCCUUCCUGACACAUUCAGGGAAGUGUUCCUUUCGAUUGCUGAGGGCUGCUGAGUUUAGCAGAAGCUUCUCUCUGAGAGUGUGUGGACCACUCCUAGUGCAGCAUUACUGUAGACCUCAGCAGUGCCCCGACACUGGCCUCUCCACCCAACGACAGACUGGGGAAGAGAAAACAGCCCUUGAAAUUUCAACCCAUACAGUGAUGUCACUGCUGACUCAUUGAUACCACCUGCACUGCCUCACACAAUAUCUGGCACUAUAGCUCUAGAGCCUAUUUUAGAAUAUUGAAAAUGAAUACUUGGUAAUCACAAAAAUCCUGACUGGCUACAUAUUUAACCUUUCUUUCGUUUUUUUGUGUUGUCAGCAUGUAGUUCUGGUAUUCCCAUCAAGCUUCUGAAGGCACCAUGAUUUUGAACUAUUAUGUCAACCUUGUUGCAAUUUACACAUAAAACAAUCAGACUGAUUGAAUGUACCCAAGUAAAGCUAAUCACUUUCCAGACAAAUUUACAACCUGCCAAACACAAGCCACUCAAAAGCAGUAUCAAAUGGUCAGGCCCCCAGGGGAACAUUUAGAUUGCCAAUCCGCCUCUGUCCCUCCAUCACUUAGACCUACUUCUUCAUCUAUCUACGAUAGAGAGAGCGGUCUAAUUCCUGAUACAUUCUAACCUGAAUUUGAAGUAUUCUCUGACUCCCCUUGUUCCUUUUCUUGAAAUGUUUUCGUGGUGUGCUGCUGCUCAAAUUCCUUAAAAUGACCAUUUCAUAUGCCUUGAGAUCAAAAAGUGCCUCGCUAGUUAGGAAGCAAAAGUUUGGACUCAUUCCAUCACGGACAGAAAGUUGGACUGUGUUACACCUGUCAUUUGCAGGAAAUCUGCUUUUCCAUUUUAGGAACUUAGAACACAGGAAACAGUUAGUACAAUAAUAACGACGGUGCUACUAUAUCAGUUUUAUUCCAAAAGUAAUUUUAUGUGGGAUUUUAGGAAGACAUUCCUCUUUUUCCAAAUGCACUUUUGUCUUUCCUCUGCCAGAGUGCAUGUUGCACGUCUCUCCAAAACUCCUUAAACAUGUUUACAGUGCCAAUAACUACUGUGAUUAUCCACAAUAAUAUAUUGAUUGUUUUUAUGUAUUUUAGGUACUCCGCUUUUUGAAUUGUUUUUACUCACUAGUGACCACAUUGCUUCACCUGCCUCAAUGCUGAGGUGCAUUUCCCAAAGUAUUUGUAACAUUUAAAGUGAACCUAUGUCCCCUUUGCUGAACUGACUCAGUAAUAUCAACUGCACAGAAAUAUCUAUCAUAAUAUAAUAACAACGAAACCCCUGAGUGUAGUAAAUAGAGAAAGGUACGUAUUACUGCUUAUAAAUUCAACAAAUAGGAUAUAUUUCUUCUAUCAAAAGUUACCUAGUAUCACUUAAAUCAUCUCUGUGUAGCAUUUUGUGGCAAAUAGUAUCCUUGACACAUUGAUGCAAUCUAUAUCCUCUAAAAUCUUGAAUUUUAAGUCUCUAACAUCUCCACAAGUAGAUUAUUUCAGUUGUAGAUGCAUCCUGACAAUCUGUGAUCCAUAUUUGAAGGAUUUACUUGGAUUUAGACCUUGAUAUCCUUGUGUUUGAAAUGAGAUAUAUGUUUACUUGUGGACUAAUAGGAUCAUUCUUAAUUCCAAAGAGGGGUCUUGUUUGGACACCACACUCCUCACCAAACCACUGACGCUACAUUUCUUCCAAUCUUUGUCCUUGAUUUCACAGGAAUGCAAAAAAAAAA